CAAGAUGAAGAAGCGGAUCGCCACUAUGUAAAUACCGACUGCUCCGUUGAUAACCGCUGGAGAAACGCAGCAAGACAAUAGAGACCCAUCUCCACCGAUACUGCCUGUCCACCAUCAGCGUUGUAUUAACGGGACACCUAAUUUUUUUCCUGCUUUGGGAGUCUCACGUUCACCAGUCUGUAGGCAGCCAUGGGUGGGCUGGGUAAUGGUCGGCGCGGCGGUAGGUCUCCUCCUCUGAUGAUUGGCGCCCUUAUUGCCUGUAUACUGGUCCUGGGGUUUAACUACUGGGUAUCCAGCUCCCGCAACCUGGAACUACAGACCAAGCUGUAUGAGUUGGAGGGCCAGGUGAGGCGGGGGGCAGCAGAGCGAGGAGCAGCAGAGAUAAAGAAGAAUGAGUUUCAGGAGGAGAUCCAGAGGCAGAAGGAUCAGCUCACUCAGAUGGAAAACCUUUACAAGAAACAGCUAGAAGGAGCCCAGAACACCUGCAGCCAGGACAAGAGUCUGCUGCAGCAAAACAUUUCCACCAGUACCCAAACCAUACAGGCACUCAAAGGUCAGUUGAACCAGUUGAAUGAUGACCUGGGAAAACUUCAGAAGGAGCUGCAGAGUUGCCAAGGCAACCUCAACACCCUUAACAAGAAACUCACUUAUGACAUGACCCAGUGUAACACGCAGAUCCUGUCGCAGAAGGAGCUGUGUGAUGAGAGAGUGGCGUCAGCAAAACUUGAAGUUCAGAAGAAGAUGGAGAAGCUCAUCCCUCCUCCUGUUAUCUCCUCACAGCAGGUAAAUGGAGUUCCCACUGUGAAUGGAGAAGAGCAAACUAAAGAGGAGGCGCAGGUGAAGGCAGGAUUUGAUGAAACUAAGACUACACCUGUCGUAAGCCAGAACCCCAACCUUGCCCAGGCAAAAGUAAAUGAGCCAGCUGAACUCCUGACCAAUGAGAUUAUAGUGGACAAAGGUCUGGAUGCCCCACGGCUUAUGCCUUCUGCAAAGGAUCUCUCCAAGCCAGAGUCCAAGUCUGUUCCCUUAACCGUCACAGUGAAGCAGGAAACCCUGCUGCCACCAGAGGGGCCUGUGGGGGCAGAAGACCGGGAGGCAGAGGCUAGCAAACCACAGAAGAAGACUCAAGAUGAGGUGGAGGUGAUGGAUGCUCAUGGAGAAGGCACACAAAUAGAAGAGGCAGAUCCUGGCAUGGAAGACAUGCUGAUUGACCAGGGGAAGGCUGGUGAGACUCCUCUUGGUCACAGAGUUGAGGACCCAGAGGAUUACGACGCAGAUGAACAAAUAGUGGGCGGAGUUGAUUUGGAAAAACCACAGAAUCAGCAGGGUGAAAAUAUAGACAAGGACAUGGAGGAGGAGCUGGCUGACUAUAAUGGCGACGACGAGAAUGAAGGAGAGUUUGAAGCAGACAAACAAGCUGAGCUUGCACAAAUCUAAGAGAUGUUGAAGGAUCAGAGAAGUAUCCCAUCCACCACAUUAACAAAUAUGAACUGAACCAGUAGUUCUUUUUGACUUCAGCACAACAGCAUCGUACAAGUCACGACAGUCACAAACACAGUGAACACAAAACACACCCAGACAGAACUUCCUGUAUGGAAGUGUUCUGACAUUCAGCUGGUUAACAUCAUUGGUAUUUGCCAUGGAAUGUGUAAUGGAAACUAUUUUAUGAGUGCUUUGCAUACACUUAAUAUCUCAUUAUUACUUGGGAUAUUCAAGUCCUUUGCCUUUGUGUUGGCACAUUUAAAGCAUCAUCAAAUUUACAAUAUCAGCCAAGCAUGUGUACACACUACCCAUUUAGUUGCAUUCACAGCGGUUAUUGUUUCGGGCACUGCCCUGACACAUGUCUUAAGAUGUCUCACAGCUUAAGACAUGGCAAGACAUUUUACAAGGCUGUCUUAAAAACACUCAUUAGGCUUCUGUUAGACAUUCCAAUGUGUGUUUUGAAGAUGUCUUAGGAUAUAUUCUUUAUAUUCACUCUGUUAUGCCUAUGUUAUUUAUGUUCCAUAGAAAUAUUUUAAUUCAUGUUUGUAACAGCAAGAGAGACCCAUCAUAUUAGCUGGUUUGUGGAAUAUUACAUACAUCGUAGACGAUCUGAGUGAUUUCAAUGACAGAACUCUUCUAUAAAGGGACUCUGUAACAUCCGCUCCUGCCCAUCCAGAGGUGUAACAGCAUGUCACAAUUUGCCUUAAGUUACUCCUGGGCCCAGUAUUCACAAAGUUGUUCAUUGGAAAGUUACUGACCAUGGUGGUAAUUGGUGAUUGCAAAAAUGCUGGCAACAAAUGAAGGAAAUGUGUUGAGUUGCUUGUUAGACUCUGAUGUUAAAGCCAGUGAAACAGACAACUGAAAGCACUUUGUCCACCUCGGUGUCACUGCAACAUCAGCACAAUAUAUGUCACAUGAACACCAAAGCUACUGGUUUCAUUUUUUAAUUAGUAGUGGAAAAAAAAAACAGUCAGUGCAGGGGAUGAUCAGUGACCAGUUUUUGCGAAGUGUCGCCCUUGACAAGCUUUGGCAGAUCAAAGCACAAAAGUUUGAAUGUGUACUCAGCUCAGGGGCCAGAAGAAUCUACAUCUACUCUUUUUAUCUGGUUUGGUUAACCCAGCAUUAUUAAAGGUUUUGGCUCAAAAUGAAAUGAAUGAUUCAGAAGAACUUGAUGGUAUUCAUUGAUCAGAUCUGUUUUCUCAAGAUGUUGCAUGCAGGCCAGUAUUACCGUUCCUGCAUAUAUCAGCUUUCCAAUAGCACAGGUAGCACCAGUUCCUCUAGAACAAAUGUUUAGAUUGUGUGCUAUCUCUACUCCUCCUCAGAGGUUUGUAAAUGAACUUUGUGGAUACUGGCCCUGGUCUGCUGAAUUGAAUGGACUGUGGAGAAACUGGAGUGGGAUUUCUGAAAACUGCUGUAAAACUGAAUGAAGGACAUGUCCUUAGAGUGGAGCAACAUGUUAUUUAACCCACCCACAAGCCUGUAGAUUUGAACUGUUAAAAUAACUGUACUAUUUUUAAUGUUGAUUGCACAUGCAGGACAGUCUGCUGAACUUAAAAAUGAAAUCAUUGAGUAUAAAAGUAAAGAAAUGUUAGAGAUCAAACAAGACAAAACAAAAACAAAGAAACAAAAAUGCAGCUGUUUCUGUUAAAUUUUGCAGAGGUCCUAUGUUUUGUUGCCUUAUACUGUAUAUUUGACAGAAUUUCAUUUGGUUCCAGGUACUGUUCAUAGAACCGGCUGGUCUGACUGCAUACUUGCAGUUUCCUAAUUGUAACAACCAUUAUUUGGCAUACACUGACUGCUAGUUCUGACAAUUAAUGUGCAUUUCUUUGUGAUCUAUGUUGGCUGUCCUUGUACAUUUUCACGCACAGGAUCCAUAAUGUUUUAGUCAAUUAUCUUUCUAUGUUGCCGUCUUUUGCCUGUCUGACAUGACUUGUGUGUCAGUGGUUAAAUCUUGAUAAAAAUGUGAAGGAGCGUAUUAGAAAUAGAAUGGUUUAUGAUUUUAAAAUUUUUCCAGGGAGGCUUCACCCUGUUAAGUCACAUUAUUAAGGUCACUUUACCUUCUAUGAGAUCAGGAUUUUUAACUUAUUGUUUAAUUUUAAUUUUUAUUGUUUUUAUUUUAUUUUUAUUUUGUCUGGUCCUUAUCAUCAAGUCCCAGUGUAGUCAUAUAAGAAUAGGAGUAAUGAUUCAGGAUCACUGCCAAAUCAUAAGAUAACCUAUAAUGGCAUCUUUUUGAUUUAUCUUUUGACAUUGAUCUGUUGACAUUGUGUCCAAAUGUUGCUCAUGUCUAUUUUCACAGUUGGCAGACUGCUCCCAAAUCAGCACUCCUGCUCUGAGUUAUGAACGUGGACCCACCAGUAUGUUGGUGAAAAGUGUCUUCCGUCUGCCUUUUUAUUUUCCUCUUGUUAAAACUUACAGGGCACACUCUGCUCCUGUACAGACUGCUUAUGCUGUAAAACAUGAUUUUUGUGGUGUAUUGUUGUUUUGUAGUUGUCGCUAAUUUACGGUGGGUUAGUUUCUCUGACACAGCAAAGUCUGGCCCGCCAAUGCUUUGUUUCUGCCGGGUACUAAACUUUGUUUGUAUAACAACGCCCACUUUUUGAACUGGACGUCUGUCUACUUGGAGAUAUUAUGUUAUGAUUUUUAUCAGUUGGAUUCACGUUUUUGUUGAUUUGCUUGAAAACCUCUAUGUUCUGAACCGUUGAUGAACAAAUUAGCGAAAUGUUUGGUAAUCAUAGGCUCUAUUGAGGAGUUGUCUGACUGAAGGUUAACCAAUAAAAUUGUUUUUAUUACCACUAUCAA